AUGUUGUCCUGCGCGGUGAUUGGGUGCGGCGCGGCUGGGAUGGCGGCCUGCACGGCCCUACGCCGAAGUGGUUUGCUAGUGACCUGCUUCGAGCUGGCGGCAGAACCUGGCGGCGUUUGGAACAGCGACACACGCAGCCCGUUUUCCUCGCGGGGACUCGUCUCGCCUGUGCACCCGACGAUGCGGUGUGUACUGCCGAAAGACUUGAUGAGUUUUAGCGACUUGCGUUUUGAUUACACUGUGCCGCAGUUUCCGCACCAUUCCUCUGUCUGCCGUUACUUGGAGCAGUAUGCAGAGAAGACGGGCACCCGGGGACUUGUGCGCCCCAACACGAAGGUGCAGUCCGCCCGUUACGACGGACGGGACGCCGUGUGGCGUCUCAUUACAGUCAACGUUGUGAAUGGUGACGUCUUUGAGUGGUCCUUUGACAAGGUGUGUGUGUGCACCGGCCAAACGCAGGAGCCGCGGUACCCGGACGGAAUAAAGGAAGUGCUGCAGCCCUACUUGCACGAGGGCGGUGAACUGCACCACGCCUCGCAUGUGAAGGAUUUCCGCCAGUUUAAAGGAAAACGGGUUGUGGUGGUGGGCGACGGCGUCACCGCAUUGGACUACUGCUGGGAACUGUUACGUUGUGGCUCGGACGCGUACCACAGCAGCUGCCAAUCGCUGUACAUGCCGCAGCGGCAACUGGAGGGUUUCGCGACGAGGUCGUCUGCACCGCUGCGUCAAGGUGGGGCUAUGCGGGACGCGGCGAGUGCGGCCUUGCAGCUGCUCUCCCGCUCACCGGGCUGGCGUAACGACGUCACAAAAGGCAACCGCAUUGUCUCGGACUGGAUCCAUUUCAGGAAUGCCGCCUGCUGGGGUGGGCUGCCUGGCGUUGGGCACCCCCUUCGCAGUGAGGGACGCGGCAUAUUGUUCACGGAUCCACCUAGACGGCCAAACGACGUUGUGGAAGAGGCGAAAACCCGCUCCAUGGCGCGUGAGAGGCGGAGCAGCAUCAAUGCUGUGGACGAUGGCCCAAGUGGCCUUUUUGUUGAUAAUAUCGAUGCGGUGAUUUGCGCCACCGGAUACAACACACGCUACCCGUUUUUGCACCGUGACGUGCGAGAGGUGCUGGAGGGGCCGCCGCCGCCACAAAUUCCUCAAAAGGAGGAGGAGGGGGAGCAACCGUGUGCACCGCGUGGAGCCAGCCCCGGAAAGCCGACGCCCCACCACCGUGGGCUCUACCUUGGAACACUGUACGCCCAUAACCCCUCCAUUGCCUUUGUGGGGAUGCAAAAGGAAUUACUGCCGCCGUUUCUGCUAUUUGAGGCGCAGGCCAAGUUUAUAUCGUACGCCUUUACGCAGCGACUGAAGCUUCCCCACGACGUGGAGGGUCUGCUUUCACGGCAGUCGGAGCUGAUGGAGCGCUACCCACUGCUUGAGAACCUGUACAGUCCCGAAGGCCUUGGGCUGUACUCGGCGUUGUAUUUUAACGUCCUUCAGGAAGAGUUGCAGGUGGGUUCCCGCAACACGUACACGGCCAGCAUAAUGGAACGGCGGAGGUGGAUCCUCACGACAAGUCUGCUGCGCGUGGUACACAAACUGCGCUCCAUGGCUCCGUUGAAGCGAAAGCGGCAGCAUCUUCUCUUCAGUAACGCGGUAUAG